GCCAAUUAUGGUUAGGUUAAAAAAACAAAAGAAAAACGUUCCUCCGCAGCCCCAUCUCCCCACGCACUCUCCCUACCUUCCCCGGCUCCCUCACGACGCUAUCCUGUUCUCUCUCGCCCAGCGCCCACGCGCUGUUGCUCCGCCUACCAGCCGCCAACUGCAGCAGGUAAUCUUUCCUCUCUCUCCCCCUGUGUGCUUUGCUGCAGAUCCCUUCCUCUCUCUCUCUCUCUCUCAGUUUUUUCCCCUACCUCUCCUCUGCGUCUUUCUCCGGCCACUGCACCCGGAAGCUCCCAGUCGCCGCGCACCGCAGAACACUACUCAGACGACGUCGGACAUCCCUUAGGACAGUAAUCAAUCCCUCGCCCAGCUAGUGUUCUCGACGGUCAGUUUAGGUGAUUUUAUUCUAUAAAUGCCGAAGAAAUCUUCUAAAACGCCUAAAAAGGUGCAAGAGAAUGCCUUUACGAAAGAGGAAAACUCCAAUGCUGCAGAAAAACCCAAUACUGCAAUGAAAGAGGAAAAGCCCCCUUCAAUAAAGAAACACAAUGAGAUUGAUGAAAUUUUCGCCGGGAAGAAGAGAAAAAAACCGGAAGUUGAAAAGGCCAAGGAACCAAAACUAGAUACACCAGUCAGACCAAAGAAGAUAAAGAACAAGAAAGAGGAUGGGACUCAGUCUAAAAAUGGCUUUGCAGACCCACCAUCACGCCGCAGAAAGAAAACAGGGGACGGGCUUAUAAUUUACACAGAAGAGGAACUGGGUUUUGGCAAUCCAGAUGCUGGAGGCACUCCGCUCUGCCCAUUUGACUGUUCCUGUUGCUUCUAAACAUCUCAAUGUUUAACUUUUGUUCUAGAGUUUGCUUCUCUAUCUGGUAAACUUCUGUUACAUCUUCCAUCUUUGUAAUUCUAAUUUCCAAUUUUGAAGAUGGCUUGAGCAGUUUAUUUGUUUCCAUAACUACUAUGCAUUGGAGGCGGUCGUAGCAGUUUUGCAGGAAGUAUGUAGAUAUAAAUUAUGCCACAUCAAAAUGUAAGAUAUUGGGUCUAUGAUGGAAUCAAUGACAGUUUAUUUUGAAUGCCUGUCAAUGAUGGAUCUGAUGGUUCUCUUAA